GGGAAGGGGGCAUUUUUGACGAAGGCACAAUGGAUACGGGAAAGAUGUCCGAAUACCUUCCCGAUGCGGUUACCUGUACUUUAUGCAUGAAGGUCCUCCACGACCCGGUGACUUUAAGCUGUGGCCACAACUUCUGCCACGCCUGCAUCCAGAGGCACUGGGGAGGGGCUCUUAGCGGCGUGCUUUGCCCCCAGUGCCAGCAGCGCUUCGAUGACGUGACACUGACGGCCAACAGGCAACUGGGCAACGUGGCUUGGCUGAUCCGAAAGCUCCAGGACAAGGGAGUGCUGGAGAGGCCCAACCGAGGGUUUUGCGAGGCCCAUAAGCAGCCGCUGGUCAUCUUCUGCCAGGACGACCAGGCGGCCCUCUGCACCGAGUGCCAGGAGUCCCAGGACCACACAAACCACGUCCUUGCUUCCCUGGAAGGGGCAGCCCAAGAGGCCAAGAUCAAAGGCAGCGCCUGGUUUCCAGCUGCAGUCACGGCUUCUUUCUUCCAGAACGAAGUCCGCGUCUAUCUGGACGUUCUGAAAGUUCAGAAGGCUCAUCUUCGAGACUGCUUUUCAAACGCGCAAACGGAAAAAGGAAAUCUGAAGAAACUUACGGACCGUGACAAUCAGAACUAUAGCUCGGGAUAUAAGGAGAUGUACGAGAUGAUGACGAAGGUGCAUCAGGACCAGAUGAAGGCAGCUAAGUGCAUCAAUGAUCAGAUCGAGGAAGAGAUGGGCAAACUAUCCAGGGAGCACAACAAAGUCCGGACCUUCAUAAAGGAGCUGGAGAAGAAGUUCAACCAACCAGCUUAUGAAUUCCUGAAGGAUUUCAAAGAGGUGAUGGCCAGGUGCAAAGAACUUCUGGCUGAGUCUCCCAAAGAACACUUCCCUGAGUUCACGGAGCAAAUGUGGGAUUUCUCCCUCCGGGGUCUCUUUGUGCACAAUACGUUGAGGAGAUGCAAAGCCAAUGUGACCAUGGAUCGGCUUACUGCUCAUCCCCACCUGCUGCUGUCCGCCUCCAAGAAGAUCAUCACCCAUGACGCUACCCCCAGCGGGCUGCUCCCCGGCCGCAAGGCCUUCGACACCACGCCCUGCAUCCUGGCGGAAAAGUGGUUUACGACGGGGCGGCACUGCUGGCAGGUGGAGGUGACCUCCAGCGGCCAGGGCUGGGCCUUCGGGGUGAUGAAGGACUCGGUGUGCAGGAAGGGGCCGGUGGCCUUCUCCGCGGAGGAAGGCACCUGGGCGCUGCUGCCCGAGCACCUGCCCCCGGCCGAGCCCAAAGCCUGCACCUACCGCUUCCGCCUCUACCUGGACUAUGAGGGCGGCAUCGUCAACUUCUUCGACGUGGCGACCCGGGAGCCGGUGCUGCUGCUCUCCUACGCCAUGUUCCUGGGCGAGAGGAUCUUCCCCUUCUUCAAGUUGGAGGAUCCCGACUCCCAAAUGCGCGUCUUGCCCUGAGUGCCACCUGGC